AUGUCUUACAAAACAAAAGCUAGAAGAAAAAAGAACAUUGGUAAAUCUAGUUAUCCGGAGUCAAACAAUAAUAGUCGAACGCUAAUUAUUUCAAUAGAAGACGCGUGCACUACUCAAUCAAGUACAUGCACUACAAAUCAUAAUCAAAAUAUUUUAGAUGAUAACGAAGAGUUAGGUUCAUGUGUUAUCGCACAAAGCCCUGAUGAAAAGCUAUUGGUCAAAUAUAACAAAACAAGUGGAAAAUUGGUCUUUUGGUCGAUAAAUGACUGCGGUGCUAUUUCAAUGCAAGAUGAAAUCGCAAUUCCUUUACCUCAGCCUAACAGCCAAAAUAAUAAUGGAUCACACGAAUAUUCAUUGGCUAUUUCAAACACCAUCGAUAAUACAACAUACAUUCUACUUUCAUACUUUGAAAAAAGUAAAAUUCUAUACGAUUAUGAAUUUAAUAAAAAGACAGUAUCGCAAAUUAAAUUCAAUUCAGCAUCAACUCCCGAAGAUCAACUAUUCGAAGAUAUAGAAAUCAAUAAAACAUAUUGUAUAGCAAUAAAAAACUCUGAAACUAAAGAAGCUUAUGCUUUUCAAUUCUCUGGCGUAGUGAAGAUAUUUAAAAACUUGGAUACAGUUAUAUUAAAUGGAAAUGGAUUUGUUCGCUUCAAUCUUAAAGAACUUGAGAAAACCACUGGAUGGUUUCAAAGAUUUAUCUCUGGGGACCUUUUUCGUUUCAAUCUCAAAAGUCAUAAAAAAUUAGAUCACAUUAUCAAAGGAGUUCAAAGAUUCGAUACUGGCGUAUUUAUUCGUUCCAAUUUCGAAAAACAUUCGUUAAAAUCCAAUGAAUUCCAUAUCUAUCCGUUACCAUUAGAAAUGGAUAUAAAAUAUAUAAAACAUGAAAAGGAUCCGGAUCAAGUUAUCAGAAGAUUAAACAAUUUAGUUUUAAAUGGAUAUUUCUUUUCAGUGAAUAGUGAAAAUAAGAUUUCAAUGUAUUCACUUAAAACUGGCAAUGAAAAAAUGCAAUUUAGUCCAUAUCAAGAGAACUUUAACCUUCAACCAAUUAGAAAUGUAUUGAUUGCUAUGUCUCGCGAUAAACGAUUGCUUGCCGCUACUUUCAAUGAUACUAUCCAUCUAUUUCUAAUUGAAAAUGGCCUUGAGAUUAUCAGUAAAGUGUAUUAUAGUACAAUUAUACAAAUAGCAUUUGAAGAAAAAAAUAGCACCUCCAAAGAAAAUAACACCUCCAAAGAAAAUAACACACCCAAAGAAAAAACUACAUCUAAAACUGACCUCGUAAUUUUAAUAAGAGACAAUAACGAUAAAGAUACUUUUCGAAUUUGUGUCUGGAAUCUCUCGGAAUGGAAAGAGGACAUCAGUUAUAAAUUGUUUUCGGAAAACUUUACAGAGCAUUGUCAACUUUUGUCCUCAAAUAAUAAAGCUUUA